GAAAUGGAAAACCAAGAAAUUGACUGUGUUGAAUGGAAAGAUAGACGUAUAAAUAGAGGAAAAACUGAGUCUGGACUAACACACGAAUGUGGAGUAUUUGGUGCUAUUGGUAAUGAAAAUUGGCCAUGUAAUUCCGAAAUCGCUCAAUUUAUUUGUAUAGGUUUAGAAGCCCUUCAACACAGGGGUCAAGAAUCAACUGGUAUUGUUACCAGUGAAGGUAAUAAUGAUUACCACGUUCAUAAAGGUAUGGGCUUAGUCAGACAUGUAUUUAGUAAUGACAGUAUUUCAAAACUACCUGGAUUCCAAGGGAUAGGUCACACAAGGUAUUCAACAAGUGCAAAAUCUGAACAGGUCAAUUGUCAACCAUUUGUUGUACAUUCCAUGCAUGGUGCUUUGGCAGUAGCUCAUAAUGGGGAGUUGGUAAAUGCUGCAAUAUUAAGAAAACAGGUACUAGACCGAGGAGUAGGUCUGUCGACACAUUCCGAUAGCGAACUAAUAACUCAAGCCUUGUGCCUUAAUCCACCAGAAGGCGAAGUUAACGGUCCGGAUUGGCCUGCUAGGAUUCGUCACUUAAUGCAAUUGGCACCACUGAGUUAUUCUCUCUGUUUGAUGCUAAAAGACCGGAUCUAUGCCGUAAGGGAUCCGUAUGGGAACAGACCGCUAUGUUUGGGUGUAAUUUUAGCCCCUGGUCAAGAAAUGGUGAACGGGUUAGGGGGAGAUAUUCAACCAGAGGGUUGGGUAGUGUCGUCGGAGUCCUGUGCAUUUAUGUCUGUAACAAGGUAUUUACGUGAGGUACAGCCAGGCGAAAUAGUGGAAAUGACUCGUAAUGGAAUAAAAACCAUAGACAUAGUGCCUCCGCCAGAAGGAAAGCUUCCCGCAUUCUGUAUUUUCGAAUAUGUUUAUUUCUCCAGACCUAACAGUCUCUUCGAAGGGCAAGAGGUAUAUACUGUUCGUGUUCAUUGUGGAAUGCAACUUGCGCUGGAACACCCUGUAGAAGCUGAUAUUGUUGGAUCCGUGCCAGAGUCGGGAAAUGCUGCUGCAUUUGGAUAUUCAAGACAGUCAAAUAUUCCUUUGGGGGAGUUGCUGACGAAAAAUACUUAUGUAGGAAGGACUUUUAUUCAACCAAAUAAUCGCAUGAGGCAAAUGAAUGUAGCCUUAAAGUUUAGUCCCAUAUUACGGAACGUAAAAGGCAAACGGAUCAUUCUUAUAGAUGACUCUAUCGUACGAGGAAACACAGUAGGACCAAUUAUCAAACUGCUGCGCAGGGCCGGUGCCAAAGAGGUCCAUAUUAGAGUCGCCAGUCCUCCUCUGAAAUAUCCCUGUUAUAUGGGAAUAAAUAUACCUACUCGAGAAGAACUAAUCAUGAAUAAAUUGAAAAAUACGACACAGUUUGCCGAACAAGUUGAUGCUGACAGCAUCGAGUAUCUGAGUGUAGAUGGAUUGGUAACGGCAGUUCGAAAAGAAAUCUAUGUACCGAACAGGAAAACGGGACAUUGCACCGCAUGUUUGACCGGAGAUUAUCCCGGGGGUCUUCCAGAAGAGUUGAGCUGGUAAAGGAACUAAGAAAAAUUAAAACGAAUCUAACCUAAUAGAAUUAUAGAAUUAAGAGCAAUAGUAUUAUAGGUUUAGGAGUUUUUAUUAUAUAGGCCUAAAAGGUACUAGAUUUUAGAAAAUAUUUGGACAUUGUUUAAAUGUCUUUGUCUAGGAACACUCCAAUAAUAUAAAUAAGUUAUUUCCUCUUUAUAUUUAACACAAAUUUAAAUGGUUCUGAUUUUAUAGUCUAGGAGAAAAGUGGAGAAGCUACAGCCUAUCUACCAUAUGGGUAAUUUUCUCAAGUACCGUAUAUGCAAUUUAUAAUUUAAAUAGGAAUAUAUCGAUUUCAAUCGAUCCUUAUUCUUCAAGUUUUCUGUAUUCUUCGUAAAUAUGUAGUGAUAUCAUUCCACUAAGUGUACUAUCAAAGACGUUCGUCCCGUAUUUGUGUAUGUUGUUUUACUUCUGAGAAUGAGCAACCCGUUACGCAUUUUAUUUGGUCCGACGCAGUGUGAAAAGAACAACUAGCAAAAGAACAGAAUAGCAAAUGAGACUUAAGGCGUCGACUGUCCUUAGUCAAUUGUAAAACCAGCUAGUGGGCGUGGCCUACAUAUAGCUGGUAGCAUUGGCUCCAGUCAGCCGGCGCUGAGAACAAAUUCGCGCGAAAUCUACCAUGUGUAGCUAAAUAAUCAUUCCAACCAAGCUUGUAAACGUAGUUUUAAGAAUCUGAGGGUUAAGUAGGGCAGCUGAACAUUGUUUACAGGUGCUACUGGGCGCAAGCCCUCGGGAAACUUACUGGUCCGUCAGGGAGAUACUGCUCUGCCCUGUUAAAAGGGUAACCAGAAACAGAUACUGAGCCAGUAAGUCGAGAACACAAGUGGAAACCUCACAUUGCACUUAGGAAGCGAAUAACUGCGUGGGCCUGGGAAGAUACCCAGAAGUUUAUUGGCAGCGGCCAAUAGACGUGAAAAAACAGAGUCCUUUAAGUAGUUGUUCAAAAAAUAUUCUCUGACCGUACUCUACUAUGCCAAAGCCGAUAGGCUUACGAAGUUGAGUUCCCUCUCCUUAGCUCAGCCCACUCCAUGGCAAGUAUCCCUCACUCAGCGGCUUCUAUAACAUCAGAAGCUGUUACCCAGUUUCACAGCGAUUUUGAUGAAAUGAACUACCUCAACGAAGAUCGCGUGGACGAUAUCACCCAACUCGAAUAUUUUGUAUCUAAAAUGCAAAGAAAAAUAAAUUUCCUCAACAAUAAACAAAAAAACAUUCCCAAAUCCAAAAAAACACCGCCAUUCCCAAAAAAUCCACCCAAAAAUCUCUUUCCCGACCCUCGUCUAGAAAUACUAACAUUCCCGAGCAAAAUCCGGCCAGAGGCGUCUCCCCUGCUCCUGGAACCUCCAGCUCAACAAACCCUCAAAGGAAUAACACCAAUCGCCCUCCCAGACCGGACAUUUCUACGCCAAAGGAUGCAACAACACCCUCCGCAUACCCAGAAGUGAUUUUAUUUGGUCCGACCAUUUCAUUGUUGAUCUUCCUCUGGAUAGUUUGAAAGCUACGUUGCUUUUGUUUAUCAUUAUUUCUUUACCCUCCCUGUUCAGCUUAUGUAUGGAAAAUAUCUCAGUAUAUUAAAUAAAUCACUAAAUUAAUACAAUAACUUUGUUAGUUUUAACAUCACUAGAUAGCGUCAGGUAUUUUCAGUUCCAAAUCACUCAUAUUAAAAUAAUUUGUAACUCAUUACUUUAUAUAAUAUAUGGAUACAUAGGGUGAUUCUUUGAUAGUUUAAAUUAGACAUUUUAGAGAAAGUUGACAUAAUAUCUGAAAAAGGUUUUUGUGUAGGUAUGCCCAGUUAUUAAUCUAAAAUAUUUAGAGCUUUUUAGGAACUUUGUUAAUAUACAAGUAUGCUACCUUCCACCCAGUGUUUUAUGAGAUAUGACCAAUUUUAUUAUGCAACAUCUAAAAACUUUUAAUCAUUUAAUACAUCUAAUUAGUUUCUUAAACAUCUAAUUAGAACUCACAAUGAAUCACCCUGUAUAAAUGGAACUAUUCAUAUCUCGGCCCGCAAUACUCUCCCGGUAUUUCGGGCUUUUACUCUCAUCAGACAGGAUUUGCAAGGAAGAUGAGAUCAGAAAUAUCUGUUUCUAUAUCGAUAUACACGAUAUGUUGCUAACCGCGUCGCAUAAUACAGUAGCCUGCCUUUUUAAAUAAUCAUCGCGAAUUUUUUAUCACGCUCUCUAAAAAGAUAAUUAGUGGUUUCCUAUUGCCAGUCUGAUCGUAUUGUCAGCACCGAUUGAACCAAGAUGUGGGUGUCGCCUGUAUUUCGUACUAAUGCUAACUGUUCAAAUAACCAGAACAGUAAUAACAUACCUAUUAAACUAUGCUAUGCUCUCAGUACUUAUUUGGUUAGAAUCAAUUCGUGCCCGCCCUGCAUAUCUACAGAAAUAUUACCUAUCAUCUAUUGGGAAGCGCGGUCUUGGGGUUGAAUAUUUCCCCGUUCAGUCUGUCUUCCGAGAAGCCAUUACCUACUCAGUUUAGUUUACCCUCCUUUACGCAAGUUAUACCGGACACGUUAAACAAUCCUACUCUCUAUUAAAAUAAUAAUUCCGUCCUGUAAAUAAGAUUAGUUGUAAUUACUCAAUUUAAUGAGAAUAACCCAGAAUGUUAAUUAAUAGUACGUUAUAUUUGACGUUUGAGGUACAAAUAUAAACGUCAAAUAUAACGUAUUUUUAAUUAUUUCAAUUUUAGAAAGUAAAUAAUACAAACAUGGCCCAAAAAAAUAGUCUAAAACCAUAUUAAGAUUUGAUUGUAACGUAACAGACUAUAUUUAAAGUGAAAUCAUUUAUAAAGAUGAUGUUUUUGUUCAUCAAGAUGCAUAGCUUGCUGGUAUAAGUUAGUUACCGAAAGCAUCUUGCGAACAUAUAUACAUACGAUAUGGAUCUUUAAGAGUAGUGUAGAGUAGUUCUCAUUCCCAAACAGAACAAUGAGCAAGCAUUCGUCACAACACUCCAUUGAUCAAUUCUCAGUAAUAUUCAUAAAUACUAAAGACGCAAGACGUUCUUAUCAAUUGGAUGAUAGCUUAUAAAGAAGCCAUAUACUCGAACGACCUUCAUUGAACACAAUGACACUUUAUAUUAUUGUUUUGUGUGCUUUACGCUAGUCGUAAUUAUGUGCAAAAUAUAUCUUUCAGGAAAGAUUUCCUUAGCUUAAAUAUAUAUAGGGCAGAGAAUUCAAAAUAUUUGAGUUCGGAAAGGUUUACGCAGUUUAUACCAAAUUUGCAUUUUGCUAUUAAUGCAUAUUUAUAUUAUGAACAUGAGUUGAAUUCAAUACUUAGACAUAAUCUAUCUGGCAGGCCAUAUUUUAUAUGUAACUAUUGAAACUGGCCGUGAUAAGCGGGAAAAAUCAUAUACGUUACUUUAAAUUUGUCAUGAAGGGCGAGGUAGGAAUGGGAAAAUAGAUCUUGUAGCCGAAUUAAUGAACGUCUAAGCAAAAAAUAAUAUAUUUUAUGUAUGAGACAGUAAUAAGAAUCUAUGUUGUGUAAUUUGAAAAAUUCUACGAGUUCUAAAGAUACAUGUCAAUAAUGCUGCAGUAUACUAUAUUAAAUUUUAAUUUUUUUUAUUAGGUAGGCAGUAUAUAAUGAUCCUGAAUAUUUGACUUUAUAUUGUAUAUUGGUGCUGUUACAUUUUGUCAACAAUUUGAUUGUCGAACUUUUUUUACUAUUGUAUACGGGUACUAAAAAACUGAUUUUUGUCUGUUACUGAAUACUUAAAAGUUCGACAAAGUCUAAUGUAGAUCUGAUUUUAAUAUUUGUUCAAUUUUUUAUACUCUGUUUAAACCAGUACUUACAUAAAAUGUUUAAUAUACAUUACAGAAAUAA